AUGUGCAUCAAAUCCUACACCUUCACACCAUCCAUAAUCCUGGUCAUCUGGUGCUUAGUUUUCAUGGUAGUUCAAGCCAAUUGGGAUGAAGCAACAGGUUUUGUGCAUGAUUAUAACGUCUCUCCGGCAUGGCUUUCCAAAAACCCACCAAAAUCCUGCUCCAAAAGUAUCCAAUUGGCUGAGUGCUCGCAUAACACGCGAAAUGCAUACCCCAACGUCCAAUUCAUGGCAAUUUUUACUGUUGAUCACUCCAAAGAUACUUUUUAUGGCUGCUCGUAUGGAGCAUGUUGCUAUUUUUCGCAAUUCCCACCGGUCAGCGCGCUUGUGUCGAACCCUACUAACUCGCACAUUUUUGUUUGGCAUAAUCUUGGAGGUUUCAAAGGCAAGGGAACAAAUCCAAUCGCUAAUCCCCAGACUGGGGUUUUUGGCUGGGAAGAUGGAAAGACCGGAAAAUAUAUGGAUGGAACUCCAAACAGGGCAACUUAUACACCAGCUCAUGAUAAGGAUUUUCCAGGAUUCAAACUUCCACCCGCAUGGCCAGCUACUAUGCCAAUGCCAGCGCAAAAGAAUGUACAGCCUUCUUGCGGUAAACCAGGUGAACCAAACAAGGACCCGAAUCCUACCGGAGCACCUGGAAAAGGUGGAGCAAAGCCUAAUGGAGGUGCUGCCCAGUCAAAACCUAACAACCCUACUCCAGCAAAAAAACCAAGCCGAAGGCGUAUGUAG